AUGAAGCUCUCUCUUGUUAUUCUCGCCAUCUUGGCCUUGUUCUUCACCAACCACGCAGAAGCCUUUGCCCGAGGAACCGCCACCACUCGUAGCCAACCCCUCUCGGCCACUUCCACUCAACUUUCUGCGGCUGCCAAGAAGAAGACUGCCAAGAAGAAGGCAGCUUCCAAAAAGUCUACUGCAGCCCUUGAGGUCGAACCCUUGAAAAAGCCGGAGUUGGUGGCACAAAUAGCUGAAACUUUGGAUAUUACCAAGGUUGCUGCCGAUGCUGCCCUUACUGCUGUGAUUGACACUAUUGCUGAUAACAUUGUGGACAAGAAGAAGGUCAGUCUUCCUGGAUUUGGAACCUUUCAACUCAAGCAACGAGCAGCUAGAAAAGGACGCAACCCUCAAACUGGAGAAGAAUUGGACAUUGCUGCUAGUUUGUCUCCAACUUUCACAGCUGCUAAGGGACUCAAGGAACGGGCAAAUGAAUAA